CGAUGACCAAGUCCAAGUGGGUUAAGAUUCAUAACCCUGCUCCCAUUAUUACUUUUCUUCCUUGUGGGUCGUAUCCAUUUCAUUCCAAUUGCUUGUCAUGAUCAUGUUUGGGAGAUUUGGAGAGUGGAAAUCGUGUUGUUGAAGAGGAUCAAAAAACAGAGGAGAUAUGAUGGAAACUGUGUAUCAGCCUUGUUACGUGGAUUCCCAGUUGGAAUUACUUAUUGAAAGAAUUUACCCACCCAGAGUUUGCAUCGACAAUGAUACCUUCAAGGAUUGCACGCUUGUCAAGGUUGACAGUGCAAACAAACAUGGAAUUCUACUUGAGAUGGUCCAGGUUUUGACGGAUCUCGACCUCGUAAUUUCCAAAUCUUACAUUUCUUCUGACGGCGGAUGGUUUAUGGACGUUUUCCAUGUGACAGAUCAGCUGGGCAAUAAACUCACUGAUGAAAGUCUCAUACAUUACAUCCAACAGGCAUUGUGUGCAAAUAGGAGAGAAGGGUCAUCAAGAACAGUGAGAACGUGCAUGGGAAGGGAAAUGUUGCCUCGUCACAUGUCAUCGGAGCACGCGGCGGCGGAGAUCAUCGGAACCGAUCGGCCAGGUCUCUUGUCGGAGAUAUUCGCCGUGCUAGUUGAUUUGGGCUGCAAUAUCACGGCGGCCGUGGCAUGGACUCACCAUAAAAGUGCAGCCUCCAUUAUCUACAUCGAUGAAGGUUGGAAUGGUGGAGCCAUCAAGGACGUAAAACGGCUGGCCCAUGUGCAGGAGCAACUUGAGAACGUGGUAGGCGCCCAUAAUGGACUAGGCGAAACAAGCAGCGUGAGGUUGACAGCUCCAUCAGCUGGACGGACCCACAACGAGCGACGGCUCCACCAGCUGAUGUAUGCCAACGGCGACUAUGAACAAUGUCGGUGUCGAGACGAUAGUGAAAUAUGUAAAAAGAGUUGUACUCGCACGCAUGUAAGGAUAGAAAGUUGCAAUGAGAAAGGAUAUUCAAUUAUCAAUGUCAAGAGUAGGGACCGUUCAAAGCUGCUGUUCGAUACGGUUUGCGCCCUUACCGACUUGCAAUAUAUAGUGUUUCAUGCUGCAGUAGGUUCGAAUGGCACUGUAGCUUAUCAGGAGUAUUUCAUUCGGCAUAUAGGUGGCUGCAUCUUAGACACAGAGUUUGAAAGAACCAGGCUUUCACAGGCCCUUGUUGCAGCCAUAGAAAGAAGAGCUUCACAUGGAGUGAGGCUGGAACUUCGAGCUCAAAAUCGAAUGGGAUUGUUAUCAGACCUCACACGGAUCUUCCGGGAGAACGGUCUCUCGAUCUCGGCAAUCAAUAUCGAAACCAGUGGUGAGAGAGUUGUUGGGUCCUUUUAUGUCAUGGAUGCGUCGGGGAAUGAUGUGGAUCGGCAGACAGUGGAGUUGGUGAUCAAAGAGAUUGGAGGAUCAAUUAGUGUAGUUCAAGAGCCUCCAAAUUGGACUGCUCGACCCUCCUCUGCAAGAGAGAAACAGGGGAUUGAAGUAACAAGAAUAGAAGAUAAGCCAAGAUUCUCAUUAGGCAACUUGCUGUGGUCGCAACUUGAACGACUUUCCAGUAACUUUGGUUCUAUAAGAUCAUGAAGGAUGGCAUCCAAAUGUUGGAUGUACAUCUUGUAAAUAGAAUUGUACAGGAAGCAUAACAAGAUCAAUCGCUGAUGACAAUAAAAAUUAGUAGGGAACCAACAGUUUCAGUGGAUAGAUUACGCCAUUCUUAUUUGAAUGGUAGACUAAAUGUCAAAUAAGCGAUGGUUUCAAUA